CGUUAUCUCGAAGUCAUUCACCUGGGAGCUGCCUGGCGAGCGGCUCGUUCUGCCAAGUUGAAGUUGAAAGAUGUUGUGCUGGCCGUCAUUGACACGGGGGUUGAUACGACUCAUCCUGAUCUGGUCAAUCAAUUCUGGAGAAAUCCAGCUGACGGGUCUAUUGGAUUCAACUUCGUUAAGAACAAUACCAAUGUGACUGAUGACCUUCGUCAUGGUACCCACUGCGCUGGCAUUGCGGCCGCCCAGACUAAUAACUGCAUUGGCAUUGCAGGAGUGGCUAACAUUGAAGGCCCACCGCCGAAGGUUAAGCUGAUGAUAUUGAAGACCUGCGACGAUUCCGGUGUUGGCCUUUUGAGUAAUUCGCUGAGGGCCCUCAACUUCGCAGUCGAAAAUGGUGCAACAGUAUCCUCUCAUUCUUACUGCUGGUAUAACACAAGUGAGCUCCAGAAGGCUGCAUACAAGAACGCCGCUGCUGCUGGACAUAUUGCUGUUGCUGCUGCUGGCAAUGAAGCGCUUGAUCUAGAGAAGAACCGAACCUAUCCUUGCUGCCUUGCAGAGGACAUCCCAUCUAUGCUUUGUGUGGCUGCCAGUACUUCUAAUCCAACCGAACCGGUCUCUCUUGCCGGAUUCUCGAACACUGGAUUUGUUACGAAGGUUGCUGCUCCCGGUGUGGAUAUUUACUCGACGGUCCCCGGAGGUUUGUACUACAAAACUAGUGGUACAUCGAUGUCGACCCCUAUAGUUGCUGGUGUCGCGGCCUUGCUCGUUACUCUCGGUCUCGAAGGCCAAGACAUAACCAGCACUAUUGUCAAAUCUAGAACGGCCGGUAUACCGAAUCGAUUCAAUCUAUCUCACAUCGGGGAAAUAGAUGUACUUGAAGCAGUGAAUAUCGCCCUCACCCAGUUGACGAACUGCUCCUCCUAUGGUCAGUAAAGUUGUCUCGAGGACUGUGGGACUCGUGAAUACUGCUGAGGCAGAGAAUGCAUCUACCUUUUCGUACAAAGAUUUUUUUCCUCAUCUUCGCCGUUAUCCGAUUCAUUUUGAAAGGUUUUACGGCUACUUCCAGACAGCAUCAUUAAUUUUUCCCGCAUUAGAAUCAGUUGAUAUUUCGAAAACUUUCGUGAUUGUACCUCGUAUAUGUAUCGUCAUUGGAUCCCAUUCCUGUUGGGUAGAGUUUUCACCGGUAACGCAACUUUUCGUUGACGUCUUAUAAGCGUUUUGUAGUUGUGCAGAUUGCACAACUAUGGAAUCUUAGCUUAGCUCGAAGCUAGUUGAUGAGUUUAUAAGUCUGAUUGUAGAUAGAAUCUAUAGAUUCC